AUGAAUGACAUCGCGGACCAAACGAGCUCGUUCUCGCUAUUGGGGGCUCUCAAAUUUGCACCAGUCAUCUUCCUUGCUUUGUGGGUUGUCUAUCAACGUUACUUCUCAUCGUUUGCUGGCAUCCCGGGGCCAUACUGGGCCAGCCUCUCGCGAGGAUGGCUUGCGUACCACUCAUACAAAGGAGACCUCCAUGUGAUCAUGAUGCGUCUCCAUGAAAUCCAUGGAGCUGGAUCAAAAUUUCGAAAGUCCGACUGGUACAGUGUCUGGCAAGGACGACGCAAAUUCGACCUGUUUCCUGAACGCGACGAUGCAAUCCAUGCUGCCCAAAGACGGCUGGUCAGCAGACCAUAUGCUAUGUCCACUUUGAAGGAGCUGGAGCCAUACGUGGAUAGCGCCAUCCAUGUUCUAUUCGAUAAGCUUAACGAGAUGGUGGGACAAACUGUGGAUAUGGGCAAUUGGGUUCAGCUCUAUGCCUUUGAUGUAAUUGGCGAGGUCACAUUCUCUAAGCGUUUCGGCUUUAUGGACGUUGGUUCAGACGACGGCUCUUUUAAGCAGAUUGAGAAUGCCUUGCAGUCGGCUGCUUGGAUAGGCCAGGUUCCUUGGCUCUACUGGCUUCAUGAUUACUUAUCCCCUGUCAUCGGUACAUGGCUCGGUAUCGCCUCUCGACACGGCAGUUUAAGGAAGUUCGCAGCACGCGAGGUGGCUGCUAGGCAGGACCGUGGAUCCGACCACCAGGAUAUCCUUGGGAAGCUCCUUGCCGUGCACCAUGACAAGCCUGAUCAAUUUGACAACUCGGAUCUGGUCUCCAUGGCGACGUCGAACAUCUUCGCCGGCAGCGAUACGACAGCCAUUUCCAUCCGUGCAAUCAUCUACUACAUGCUGAAGUAUCCCGAGGCCAAGAGGAAGCUCGUUGAAGAGGUCGAUACCCUCUGGCAACAAGGAAAGCUCAGUGACCCCGUUACCGUCGCUGAGUCUGAGAAAAUGCCGUAUCUCCAAGCUGCCAUGUACGAGGCUUUGAGGUUGCAUCCGGCUGUUGGCAUGACCCUGCCGCGUGUUGUUCCCAAAGGUGGAUACGAGAUUGAUGGACGUUUUAUGCCGGCUGGGUCCGUUGUAGGAGUUAACCCGUGGGUUGUCCAUCGCAACACAACAGUCUACGGCCAAGACGUACAUUGUUUCAGACCUGAGCGGUGGCUGAAAGAGGAUAAUGGAGACCUGCACCGCUUUUUCUUCGCAUUCGGUUCCGGGGCGCGAAUACAUCAGUUGGAUGGAGAUGGCAAAGGCAAGAUUAUCCGCCCCAGCCCAAACUUUUCGAAGCGUUCAUUGACCAAUCUUAUGCUGACCAUAUGGCAGCUCAUCCCCACUCUACUUCUUCAUUUUGACAUUGAAUUGGUAGACCCCAAUGCCUUGCUGGAGGAAAAGUGCCACUGGUUCGUCUCGCAGAAAGGUCUCAACGUCAGGCUUCGCAGGAGACCAUCCCCGUCCGCGGUGUGA